AUGCUCCAGGGAAAAACUUCUAAAGGAGAGUUCAAGGGACAUGUUUGGAUUACAAAUCCAACAAUUUUACAACCUCCUCAAGUCCCACAAAAUCAACCAUCUGAGCUAGAGAGAGCAUUGAUACAGUUGACAAAGACAACAGACACAUUCAUGAAUGAGACAAGGGCUCAUCACAAAAAUCAGGAUACAUCUCUCAGAAACUUGGAAAACCAGAUUGGUCAAUUGUCAAGACAACUUGAAGAAAGGACUAAAGGCCAGUUUCCAAGUAACACAAUAGUCAAUCCGCGAGAAGAAUGCAAGUCAAUUGUUACAAGAAGCAGAAUUGUGAUCACUCCUCAAGAAAAACCAAAAGCGGUUCAGAAAAAGAAGGCAAAUGAUCUAGUCAUUGAACUGGAGCAAGAAAAAAAGAAGGAAACACCUGCAAAAAAAGACAAAGAGGAGGCAAAGGAGAAAGCUUCAGAUAUUCCAAAGAAGCAAUGGGAUUUUUCUCGCUUUCAGAAACCACCUUAUCCCAUAAAGUCAAGGCAAGCACAGAAGCAACAACAUGCCAGGUUUUUAGAAAUAUUUAAAAAGUUGCAAAUAAAUAUUCCCUUUGCUGAAGCUUUAGCUAACAUGCCUAACUAUGCUAAAUUUAUGAAAGAACUCUUGUCUAGAAAGCAUAAGUUGCAGGAAUUUGAAAUAGUGGCUCUCACAAAGGAAUGCAGUGCCAUAAUUCAGAAAAAGUUUCCACCAAAGCUUCGAGAUCCAAGAAGUUUUAACAUCCCGAUUGCGAUAGGCAACAUUAAUGUUGGCCGGGAAUUAUGCGAUCUUGGAGCAAACAUCAACCUCAUGCCGCUGUCCGUGAUGAAGUCUCUCAGAAUUUUCGAGUUGAAGCCGAUAAUGGUAUCUCUCCAACUUGCUGACAGAACGUUGAGAAGACCAAACAAAGUUAUUGAAGAUGUGUUGGUCAAGGUGGAAAAGUUCAUCUUCCCUGCUGACUUCGUAGUACUUGACAUGGAAGAAGAAGGAAACAUGUCUCUUCUGUUGGGUAAACCAUUCCUCGCUAUAGCAAGAGCCAUAAUUGACGUGGAGAAAGGAAAGCCAGAGCUGAGAAUGGAUGACAAAAAGGUCACAAUCAAUGUGUUCGAUGCAAUGAAGCAUGCUGAAGAUAAUAACGACUGCUUCCGGGUGGAAAUUCUUAAAGAACUUUUCCUUGGAAAGGAAGAAGAUCAGACUCUUGAUGAAGAGAAGGAAUUCUUCGAUGAAAAUCCUCCGAAGGAAGAUGCUGAAAUUCCAACGGAAGAGUUGAAAAAGAAAGAGUCAGACAUCACUACAGAAACACCAAAGGUGGAGUUAAAAGAACUUCCACCUAAUUUAAAAUACGCCUCCUUAGGAGAUGAGGAGACGUAUCCUGUCAUCAUCAACAAUGAUUUAUCAGAGACUGGAGAAACCAAGUUGACGAAAGUGCUCAAAGAUCACCAAACAGCCAUAGGAUGGUCCAUCUCUGAUCUAAAAGGAAUCAAUCCUUCCUUCUGCACUCCUAAAAUACUGAUGAAAGACAACAUUAAACCUGUGAGACAACCUCAGAGACGACUAAAUCCUACCAUGAAAGAGGUAGUUUGA